AUGGCCCUGAGCCUGGGCAAUCCUCAUGGAUGGACCGUCGAGAAUGUUGCUCAACCACCUCCUGUUACGACCACUUCCACCCAGGCGCCCGCCUCCUCUACUCACCUUGAGGCGCGUGAAGGCCCCGCUCCCGCUCAGUGGCAAGCGGUGAAGGAGGAAAUCCGAAUCCUUUAUGAGAAGCAUCCCUUGCGGGAUGUCAGGAAAAUACUAUUAGAUCGGCACAAUUUCCGCGCAACGGAGCGCAUGUAUAAAGCCCGACUAUCGCAGUGGGGAAUCAGUAAAAACUACUCGGACAAGGACUAUCAAAUAUGUGCGGUGCUACACCACACACGGCAAAAAAGCGGUAAACGAUUGACAGCGUUUGUGAUCCAUGGCCACAAACGUUCUCUCAAGGACCUUCACAAAUACAUCAAAGGGCGAAAGAUGACCGAGGAGGAUUUCCUCGCGUCUGCCCUUGCCAACGCCGACCAACAACAGGAACAAUAUCCUCAUGUCCGAGCCUACACCCCCGAGCCUGAGACUGAGGCCGAAGAAGGACCGCCGCCUCUACAUCAUCAGACAUCAUCCGCUCCCACUAGAGCACGGCCCCCCGAGAUCGCUGCAAAUGUCCCUCUAACCAAGGAUUUGCCUUCGCCGAGGGAAGCCGUGUCGGAAUCAGUCUCCAGUGUCCCAGCCCCAGCCUCGCGUUCCACCGCCCCCGACAGCUCCGCUGUCGCCCACCAACAAUCGCCCACUACGAGAAGUCCUUCUUCGCACAGAUGGUCACCCCACCAUGCAGCCUCGCCAUAUUUCCCUCUGACUGUGUCACCGCCUCAAAGGCACGGUCCUUAUUUUCCAUCCAAGGAAAGCACCACUAAUACUAACUACUCGUCGGAUGCUUCACCAUCAUCAUCAUCACGCGCCCGUACCGUCUCUUCUCCCCAAGAUGCCCCUCUGUCGGCAGCUCUGUCAUAUACUUAUCUUGCCCCCCAUGAACCGCUAGCCACCAUCGAAGACCAGGUGCGUCAUGCGGGCACACUAUAUGACACUAGUCCCCUCAUGUCUUGCAAUCAACUGGGUCGAGAUGUAGAAUACAUGGCGCUGCAGAUGGUGGAUGCCCCUUUGUUGAAGUCUCUUUGCGGCCAUGAUGAUAUUCGCAGCUGGUCGCUAUUAUUCAACGACAGCUCAUCCGAGGACUCGAUGGACUACGAACAGAUCUGUCCCAGGUGCCAUGAGUCCACCCGCGAACACUUUAUCAGUCUGCCGAAUCUGGAGAUGCCUCAAUUACCUCGUAACAUUCUCAACGCCAGCCAGGACUCGUCGGCGGCGAGCACCAUGUCCGUCCCCGCCAGCUCACGAGGCCAUGAGCAUUCAUGGAAGUGGGUGGCGCGGUGCUUCGCCGCGUGCAUCUAUCUGCGGAGGGGCGACCAUACGUUAUCGCAACGGAGUCUGGCCGACGCGGACGCCGAGUUUAAACAGAUGCUCGUCCCCCGCCAGGAUCCCAAAGUGUUGUUGGCUCUCAACCAGACGUUACAGAUCCUACAGAUGCACGACCAGGGCGACAUCACCAAGACGAUCAUGCAGAGCGCGUAUCUGGUGGCGGAGCGGUCGUUGGGGCCGAGUCACCCGAUCACGACCAUUGUGCGGUGGAUGGUUUACGUGGCGAAUGGACAGAUGCGCAAUUGCGACAUCACCAGCAACACCCUCCGCGAGGUUUACGAGGAGAUGGUCCAGCGGUACGGCCCCGAAGAUUCGCGCUCGAUCGCGUCGCAGUAUUGCCACGGGUUUAUGUUGAAUGUCGAGCGGAAGCUUCAGGAAGCCGAACAGGUCUUGCGUCAAGUCUACAAGAUUUCGUCGACAGUUCUAGGUCCCAAACACCUGCAGUCCAUCUCGGCCUUGACGAAUUUGCACCGUGCCCUGGAGCGACAGAACCGGCUCGACGAGGCAAUCGCGGUGCUGCGUUGCGCGGUGCGAGACUCGCAGGAUACCCUGGGCGACAACCACCCGCGACGGCUGGAGAGUUUACGGCUACUCGCGCUGCUGUACCAACGAAAGGGCUACCUCGACCUGACGGAGGAAUUGUACUGGCAAGUGGUCGACGGCCGGGUCAAGAUGCUGGGCAAGAACCACACGUUUACGCAGGGGAUGAAGCGCGACCUAGAGCAGUUACUCCAGGAGAGGGGGAAAUGGACCAUCGAGCAAAAGAUCAUCAAGCCCGAUGGGUCCGUGGAGGUUGUGGCUAGCGAGAGUAGUUCGCAGUUACGUCUACAAGACCUGUUUGAGUGGGAUGCACACGAGCAGUGGGACGACACGAGGAGCGAGGGCGAAAGUGAGACGGGGAGUGAACAUGCGGCAUUCUGA